AUGAAUAUUAUUUCGAUUCUUUUUGCAAUAACUUCAUAUCUUAUGAUAUUCUGCAAUGCGCAGUAUAGUACGUAUUUAACGCAUUAUGAAGAUAAGCCCAAGGGCUUAUAUUUUUUUGAUAGCUUUACUGAAAAAGAUGGUACCAUCCUGAUUCAGCUGGCUCAUUAUUAUAAUCAGACGCAAACAACAUGUAUUUUGACGGAUAUACAUUUAAGAAUCGUAUUUCCCGAUGGAACCGUCAAACCUUUAGAAGUUGCACAUCAAAUUCCCGCAUCAAACUUCUGCAGUUUAAAAAAUUUAAAAGACGUCUUUAAGAACUUUUUUAUCAAUGAGUUCAUGAUCCUCAUUACAUAUUUUGAUGGAGCAGACGAAGCUACUUCGAUACAUACAGGAAUGGUCAUCGAUUUUGAUGGAAAUCUUUUGCAGUAUCUGGAAUUUGGUGUUGGAAUUGGAAAAAUUAGUCGAAGGCGAAACUCUGAAAGCGGAUUUACUUGGUCUCGGCAAAUAAAUGAGACCACAAUCGCAUGGUCAAGAUAUAAACCAGAUCCAACGAACCCUAUGCGGAUUAUAAAAUUAAAUUCGGGUUUCAUAACAUCACCGAAUCCAUCAUCAGUUAUUAAAUCAUAUAAAUUGUUUGGUUCGGGUAAUGGCGGCAAUUGUUUCGUGCUCGUGACUAAACUUAAUAAGACGAUCGCCUCGGAUCCAGCUUGGGAAGUUUACGCAAAUUUUUUAGAUGAGGAGGCUCAAAACAUCUUCACCUAUUUAAUCUACCAGUCGCAAGUAGAUUAUUUUAAUUUAAAUUUUAUUUUUUGUCGAAAUUCCAACGGAGAGGGUUAUAACUGUUUAAUGCAAGUCGAGACGAUUACCCCGAUACAGGCAACGACAACUAAAAUGUAUUAUCUUUUAACCUUUUUGACAACUGGUUCCGUUAUUAACAACAAGAAGGUCAACAUUGGUACGGAUGCUAAGACGGAAAUUUUAAGCAUCUCGGUUUUAUUUAAUGGAGGUUUUCUCGUUAUUUAUCCGUCGGAAAAUAAUAAAAAGUCGGGAAUUUUCUUGUCUCAAAAUGGGGAAUAUGAUGGGGAUUGGAAAGGUUUCAAUGGGGACGUAAUCCAAUAUGCGUAUCUUGAACAUAAUGAUACGGUGUGGGGUAUGCUAUAUCAAAAUGAUUCUUCUUCAUGGACGAUCAUAACUGAACCUUUGCGUGAUAGAAGCAUUGUGGAAAAAUAUAAACACAAUAAUCCAACUAUCCUUGAAACGACUCCAACAGACAAUGUGGUUAGGAACGAUUUGGAUGCUAUCACGAUAAAAUAUGACAAAGCUAUAAUUCCGUCAUAUGGGAAUAUCUCAAUUUAUCAGGUGGUUGAUGAUCAUGGUGAAUUAUUACGUCAAACAUAUUCGGGUCUGUCAAAUUAUGUGACGAUUGCCAAUGAUACAGUUGAAAUCAAAGUGUUUAAAAGCACUUUCAAUAAACCCAAUGAUAUUUAUUUUAUCCAAAUCAAUGACAAUUUCGUUAAUUCAAAACGGUAUGAUGAGGCAAUCACGGGAAUUGACAAGAGAGUUUGGUUUUUAAACACGGCGAUGGAUAACUCGGGGUCAUGUCUGUCCCCAAUCACCGUAUUAGUGAGGCUUAACGCCCAGGGGACAAAAUAUCUAAAUUCACUCAACUCGAAAGAAUUCGACAAAUUUUACGAUGAUCUGAUGAACGAAUUUUCGAAGAUCAUUCCCGUUGGAAGAUCCCGACUUCCAGCUGAUGCGGGAAAAUUUCAAAAUGACCCUUACGAUCCGAACAAUUACAUCCUUUUACAGGUGAAGAUUUCACCACCAACGGAAACCUCGGAUUCAUGUGCUGAAGAUGUAGCACGUGAUUUGGAUGCAUUGAUCAUCAACAAGUAUUCCACUCUUAUAUCAAAUUAUCCUCUAUCUAGCAUGUUGGACGAAAAUUAUGGUGCUUCGGUCACACGUGAGGGAUGGAGAGAUACAUUGAAGUUGUGCUUGAUAUAUGUCGUAGGCGGAUUUCUGUUUGUUACUGGUAUAUACUGGAUUGCAAGAUGUCAAAAUCCGAAGGCGCAAAAUGUUUUCAUAUUUACGUUUGUGGUGAUAAUUUCGGACUUUAUCCUAGACAUGAUAUUUAUAAUGUAUAACUCUCAGAUGGUUUCUUCGCUUUUCAUCCCCAGGGUUCCAUUCCCUGAAACAACAAGGAAUAAUCAAGAAACUGCGGAAAAUAAUUAUAAUGGUGAAGAAGAAGUUGCAGAAAAUAAAAAUCUUGGAAAAAAAUUAAUAAACAAUGUCAUAAUGAAGAUGUUCAAAAAUAAUAUGAGGUGA